UCGGAGCCCCCUGCUCCCAGCCUGCAUUCCUGUAGCUCCAGGGCAGCUGGCCCUUGCAAAACCGUGAGCCUGCCUGGCUGCCAUUUGUUGAAGACACACUAGACGUGGGUCACUUUCCAUUGUGAUGUUGGGGACUUCCGGAUAUUAGAGUCUUACUCUGUGACACUCAGAGAGGUGAAGUGACAUGCUCAAAGUUACUCCAACAGGAAGGGACAGAGCACAGCUUGUGAACACCUUCUUCAGCUUUCUUCGACGCAAAACAGACUUUUUUAUUGGAGGAGAAGAGGGGAUGGCAGAGAAGCUCAUCACGCAGACAUUUAACCACCACAACCAGCUGGCACAGAAGGCCCGGAGAGAGAAGCGAGCUCGGCAGGAGACUGAGCGUCAGGAGAAGGCAGAGCGGGCAGCCAGGCUGGCCAAGGAGGCCAAGGCAGAGACCCUGGGGCCGCAGAUCAAGGAGCUGACUGAUGAGGAAGCAGAGAGACUGCAGCUGGAGAUUGACCAGAAAAAGGAUGCCCAGAAUCAUGAGGUUCAACUCAAGAAUGGCAGCCUUGACUCACCAGGGAAGCAGGAUGCUGACGAGGAGGACGAGGAGGAAGAUGAGAAGGACAAAGGGAAGCUGAAGCCCAACCUAGGCAAUGGAGCUGACCUGCCCAACUACCGCUGGACCCAGACCCUGUCGGAACUAGAUCUGGCAGUGCCCUUCCGGGUCAGCUUCCGGCUGAAGGGGAAGGACGUGGUGGUAGACAUUCAGCGGCGACACCUCCGGGUGGGCCUCAAAGGACAGCCGCCGAUCAUUGAUGGAGAACUGUACAAUGAAGUAAAGGUGGAGGAGAGCUCAUGGCUCAUCGAGGACGGCAAAGUGGUGACGGUGCACCUGGAGAAGAUCAAUAAGAUGGAAUGGUGGAACCGCUUGGUUACCAGUGACCCCGAAAUCAAUACCAAGAAGAUUAACCCUGAGAACUCCAAGCUGUCGGACCUGGACAGUGAGACUCGCAGCAUGGUGGAGAAAAUGAUGUAUGACCAAAGGCAGAAGUCCAUGGGCUUGCCCACCUCUGAUGAGCAGAAGAAACAGGAAAUCCUGAAGAAGUUCAUGGAUCAGCACCCAGAGAUGGAUUUCUCCAAAGCCAAAUUCAACUAGCUCCCGUGUUUGCCUUCCUGAACUCUUGGGACUGAGCCCCUAAACUUCCUUUCCCACCAUUUCCUGGACCUGGGAGCCUUAGGGCCGGCAGGCAUGGGACUUCCCAGGCAUGUGAGCUCCAAGGCUUCCCCGAAGAUGGGCUGGGUGUUGUGUUGGGGGUCUCCUCCUCCCCAUUUGACCUGUUACACAUUAAAACUAUUUACCCUGCUC